AAUAGUACAGAGUAUAAUCAGGAACAAUCUAAAGCCUUUGUAUGGGAUUUAACAAAUCAAGAUAUACCAGAAUAUAUAGAGCCAGGAUCAUUAGAUAUUGUAGUAUUGAUUUUUGUGAUGUCUGCAAUACGUCCUCAAGAUUGGUCUCAAGCUGUGGAAAAUAUUUACAAGAUGUUAAAACCUGGUGGAUUAGUGCUUUUCAGAG